AUGGCUGGAGUACGUUUGGAUGCUAUCUCGAGAAUAGCAGGAGCGAAUAUGCGAUCGCGUUAUCCAGAAAUAUCAGUGGGUUGUGCAGCGAUGGAUGCAUUAAUAGGAGGUGGCUUGCCACUGUCUUCACUUUACGUCGUCGAUGAAAAUAAAAGUCGAGCUUAUGCAACUAUUCUUAGUAAAUAUUUCAGCGCUGAAGGUAUAUGUUGCGAGCACUCAUUAUUUGUUGCAAGCACAAGCCGUAAUCCACAAGAAUUACUAGAAGAUCUGCCAGAUCGAAUAAAUGUUGCGGCUGAUGAUACUUUGAAAGAUAAUGUAGAGAAACUCGAAGAUUCAACAAUGAAAAUUGCAUGGCGUUAUUCAACUGUACCGAAAAUGGAUUCAUCACUAUCUCGUUCUCGACGUGGGAUUCCACAGUAUGAUUUAACGAAAAAAAUGGAUCGCAAAAAAGUGGAGGCAUGCAACAUUUCCUUCUUUCCUGAUAGCCUCAGAUUACAAGACGGUUUAUCUAGUUAUAGUGAUCUUUAUAAACGGAUACAGCAGAAACUUAUAGAAGACGAGUAUUCGGCUACUUCCUUGAAACCGAAGAAAAAUGUGCUGCGUAUAAUCAUAGAAGGUGUUGGUGGUCCUUUCUGGCAAGAUCCUGAAAAUGAUUUAAAGUUCAUUGCUCAUUUGCGCACUAUGUUAUGCUCAUACUAUGCUGUCGCGAUGUUAAUUAUUAACUCGAGUGGGAUACCAGAUGAACGAAAGGAAAGACUUUAUGCAUACGGUGACUUGGUGGUCCAUCUGGAUGCUGUAGAAUAUGAUAAUACCAUGGAGAAGUUUGGUGAUCGUUUCGAUGGUUAUUUACGUUUGUUGAAGCUUCCAACUAUGGCAUCGAUGGCAACUUACUGUCCGGCCAGCAGUGAUCUCAUUUUUCAAUUACAGAAGCGGAAAUUUGAUAUCAGAAUUUUGCACUUGCCGCCAGCUCUUGGUGAUGAUGAUAAGAAGAAAAAUUUUAUCCCAAACUGUCAGCAAACUUUAAAAUCUUUUUAA